AUGCUGCUGAUAGUGAAAAGUGUCAUUUUGCAGGGUCUCUAUCUGCGGGUUAUUGUCGGUGAUGUGUCGGUGCCUCGUUUAGUAUCUAUAGAUCCGGAAGAAUUAAAGUCGCCUGCACUGUCGUCCGCGAUUGAAAUCCCAGUGUCACGGAUCAAAGUUGAAGCGACCAGUGAAUUAUCCGCUGGCGCACCAAAAACAGAAACAAAUGCUACAGCAGCAUCGGGCAGUAGUGCGACAUCAUCAGGAGAUAAAGGUGUCUGCUUUGUGGAAGCUGAAAGUGAGGUGGACAAAAUCCUCGGCGUUGAGCCAGUGAAUACGACAGCAAUGCAUCGGUUUCAUUUGUUCGAUCUCAAUUGCGACAUUUGCACGGGUAAAAAAGAACGGGAAUAUUUGCAAAAGAAAAUCAAAGCAAAGGAAAAAGCGGUCGUAAAAACGAAACCGAAAGAGGAGCGGACAGUAUCAGAUGUAAGUUCAUCUCGUGCUGCUUUGCUGCCGACGCCAAAAAUAAGUUCAUCUCGUGGCAGUACAUUUUCGGCGCCGGAAGUAUCUUCAAACAGUGGCAGUGCAGUUCCGACACCAACAGCAACAGCACGAGAUGAUGAUUACGAUGACAAUGAUUGUUGGGGCAUGGGACUGCAAAUGGAUGAUGACGACGAACGAAGCUCGCCACAGGAAUCGCGCUGGAGGGCAGAGAAUCGGCACUUUAAAGAAUCUCCGCGAAUUCGUUCUGCGUACGAUUUCGAAAGGCGAGGAAUGCGCCCUUUAAUCAGACAGGAAGAGACCUGGCGACACGACUGGCCAAGCUCAAGCGAAGAAAGAAUGCGAGAGGACAGCUGGCGGAAAAGGGAAUUCAGAAGAGAAGAACGGGCGGAAGUGGUCCCGCCACCAUGGCACCGGAGCAAUUUGCCUUGUUGGGCAAAACCGGUGGAGAGCUGGAGAAGAUUUGACAGUCCGGUAACGCAGCAUCAGCGGAUAUCUGAAACAUUCGAUGAACCAGCGGACGAGGAGGAUCGCUCUUCACCAACCAUUUGGGAGAGGGAAGAGCGACAUAUUGUAUGGACGGGUGUAAUGAAAAUGCCGAAAGUUUUUUCAUUUACAACAACACUGACUGCAGUGAGUAACGGGAAGGCGUUUAAUUUGCGUGAAGAGCUGCAAGCACUCAUUCGCAUCAUCGGGCGCAUUAACCCCGUCAUUGUGUUCGAGUACCUGAGUAAUCUGCGCCUGUCAAAAGCACGCGAUGUAAUUGUUCUGCGGCUCGACAGACCAGUGCAACCAGCAAUGGAAAUAGAAUAUCUGAAAUGUUUCGAUGAUAUGCGAACUCGAGGACGCUAUUGUGUGCUUGCCUCAGAACAUUUUAUGCUGAAGGACGCCUACCUCAUUGCUUUGGAAAAGAACGAGGAACCUCCAGGUAAUCAGCGUGUGCUUAUUGCACACAUGCUUCGUACAUUUAAUAUCUGA